AUGGCGUCCUUCAGUGGCCCUGCGUGUAAGAACCUAAUCGACUUCAUGAAAAACCUGAAGAGCAUGCCAUCAGACAAGAAGUCCGCCUUCGAUGCGAUAUCCAAGGCAAGCAUUGAGGCGAUAUGCGACACUGAUGCGCUACAUGUCUGGGAGACGGAUUCGGAUCUUGAUAAUUUGCUACAGCUCACGCAGGUCAUUGUCAAGCUGCGAAGCACUCCAAGCUCGGCAUCGCAGAACGCGAAGAAAGAGAGGGCUGCGGCUAUGGUCAUCAUCACGGAAGAGAAGGAGGGUAGGGAUAACUACGCAAGAGUCUGCGAGCUAGUUCGAUACUUGGCAGGCAGCGACGGGAGAAAACAUCUCAACGGCAACGUCUGCGCCUUUGACGCCAUCGUCGUCGUCCGCGGCGUGGACAACUCCAACCUAACCAAAGAAACCGACCUGGCCGCAGACAUCAAGCGCAUCAACACCGCCAUCGAGCGCGUCUUCAAAAUCGCCCGCUUCCCCCGCCGGAAACUCGUCUGGCACCACGGCCCUAGCAUCUCCUUCCUCAACUCCUGGAUCAACAGCACCACCUCAGACCUGCGCUCCGCCCUCCGCGGCAUCACCAUAACCGCCGCCCUCGACCUCGCCGACGGCGUCAAGCCCUCCCCACUCGGCCGCCACAACAAACCCGACGACAUCACGCAGCUGCAGACCUACGCCCGCCGGCUCGACAUCCCCGUCGUCUUCCUCGACCCAGCGAGCCAGCUCAUCACCUUCGAGUACCUCGCGACCUACAUGUACUACUGGGCCUUCUACAUCCACACCUUCCUGCCCGCGCGCCUGCGCCGCCCGCACCACCACAAGGCGCUCGACGAGCUCGUCACCUUCUGCUUCCGCGUGCGCGCCGCCGCCCACCGCGUCUACGGCGCCAGCGUCGUCGCCAUGGUGAAAUCGCGCCUCGACGCCGCGGCCGCGAGGCCCUGGGCAAGCGCCUGCAUCGACGCCUCCAGCUUCGACAAGGCGCAGUGCAGAGCCGCCGCAUCCUCAGACGCGCAGAUCCACCACGCGCUGCAGCUCGCCGACGCGCCGUUCGCGCGCUUCGCGCACGUCCCUGGCUACGCGCUGCCGGCAUUUAGCAGGCUGUUCGUCGGCCCGGCGGCGUCGGCUGCCGCUACAUCCAGCUACUACGUCGCUGCGCCUGUAGAACUCAACCCCAAACUCUCGGCUGGCUAUCGCGCCGCCAGCGCCACGCCGUUCCGCAUCUUGCUCCCGCUGCCGGGCCAGGAUGUCGAGAAGGUCACCGCGCGCGUGCAGGGCUUGAUGAUGGGCGUGCUGGAGCGCGUGCGCAUGGAGCGGGGGAUGCCGGGUUUGGGGGAGCGGGAGAGGGGCGUUUGGGUCGGCGUUGUAAGGGCUUGUCGGUGGGCGUUGGAGGGGGUGGAUGGUGUGGGUGCCGAGGGAAAGGGGAAGGGUAGGCUGCCGGAGGGUGUGCCCGAGAAGGUGAGGUUUGUGAGGGAGAAGUUGGAGGGGGGGACGUGGGGGUUUGCGUUGGGGGUUGCGGAGAAGGGGAAUAAGGAGAAGGAGGGGGGGAAGGGAGGGCAGGGACAAGGGCAGGGGCAGGGGAGGUGGAUGUGGCAGGGCCAGGGUGCUGGGCAGGGGAUGGGAGCGGCAGCUGGAGUGCAGAUGUGGGGAUGA